ACCAUGCUGCAAGUCAGCAAAUCUGGGAGAAAUUCUGAGAAAAUUAUUACAAACAACUGUCAACACAUUUCAGGUGGCACUCCUGAGGAUUCAAACAGUCCUUUCUCCAGGGAGAAAACUGAAGGAACGGUUCAGCUGCCUGUUCUGAGACUCUGCUUCAAGGGGAGCAAGAGCCCUUCACUGAAAUCCUCCCACGAUGCUGGGGCUGCUGCUGCUGCAGGUGUUGGCGAGCUGCCUCUGGCUGGGAUGCAGUGAGGUGGUGAGAUCCUUUGAAACUUCUUGUCCUCAGUUUUUCUAUGCGAAGUUCAUCCCAAGUGAAGGCCUGCAUCCACAGAAUGCAGCUAGGAUAUGUCAGAGUUUUGAUGACGCGUAUCACUAUGCCACCCUGUAUGACAGAAACAGGAGAAUUCCAGUGUACUCUGCUUACAAAUACGACCCUGGAAAUGCCACGAGACCUCGUAAGUGGUGGUAUGUUGAGCCCCAGCUGAUAAGUGACAAUAAUCUUAGGGAGAUGGAAAGAGAGUUGGUCCUCAUACAUCAAUACAAAUUCACCGUAGACAAAAUCAAAGCAAGCCAGGCUGUCCUUGAAGACUACAAACAAAUGACUGGUUUGGACCGUGGUCAUAUGUGCCCCAAUGGCCAUAUGAAUAGUAAAACAAACAAGACAGCAACCUUCACCCUCACCAACAUAGUGCCCCAGGACAGCAGACUCAACACUGGCCAGUGGAGCACCUCUGAGUCUAGAACAAUGCCUGUAAGGACAAAGGGCUGUAAAACCUGUGUCAUCAUGGGUGCUGUGCCUGGGAACACCAAGGUCGCCAAUGGAAGGGUUAACGUACCCAGCUACAUCUGGUCAGCUGCCUGCUGCCUGGUGGGUGCAAAUCCCACAAGGGCUUGGGGGGCCAUCGCUGAGAACAACAAGAACAGGGUUUACAAACUCAAGCUGGGGGAUCUGGAGAACAGAUUGACCAAUCUGUAUAAUAGGGGAACGGUUACUCUGUUUGACAAUGCCUGUCCCCGACAAAAAGCCUGACAUUCUUGAUGGAAAAGGCUCAGGAGAUUUUCCCACCUGUCACAGAAUCACAGAAUGGGUUGGUUUUGAUGGGAUAUUAAAGCCUUCAAGAUCAUCUCAUUUUGACUUGCAUGCCAGGGGCAGAGACACCUUCCACUACUCCAGGUUGUUCCAAGUCCUCCCCAGCCUGGCCUUAAACGCUUGCAGGGAUGGGGCAGUCAAAACAGUUCUGGGUAACUUUUGCUCGUACCA